CAUUUACAAGUUCAGUGUUUCAGACAUAGCAACCCGGCCACUCUAACACGGAAGACACAAGAGACCGAGCAGCACACAGUGAAAUCUGAAGGAUUACCAACUAGCUGUCAAAAUGAACACUGAGUCUGUUGUCAUCGUUUCUGCUGCAAGGACCCCCAUUGGGUCUUUCAAUGGUUCUCUGUCAACCGUGCCCCUCCAAGAUCUGUGCUCUGUGGUGAUCAAGGAUGUCCUGAAGAGAGCCAACCUGAAGCCUGAGGCAGUGUCUGAAGUCAUCAUGGGGCACGUUCUGACAGCAGGUCAUGGGCAGAACCCAGCCCGACAGGCCAGCGUUGCGGCAGGCAUCCCCUACACAGUGCCUGCCUGGAGCUGCCAGAUGGUGUGUGGAUCUGGGCUGAAGGCAGUGUGUCUGGGCGUUCAGUCCAUCCAGACUGGAGAGUCAACCGUGGUGGUGGCUGGAGGCAUGGAGAGCAUGAGCCGGGCUCCCCACACAGUGCAGAUGCGGGCUGGAGUAAAGAUGGGCGACACCACCAUGCAGGAUUCUAUCAUCGCUGAUGGACUGACUGAUGCUUUCCACUGCUACCACAUGGGCAUCACAGCUGAGAAUGUGGCUAAGCAGUGGGGUGUGAGUCGUGAGGCUCAGGACCAGUUUGCCGCCCAAUCCCAGAACAGGACCGAGGCUGCCCAGAAAGCAGGACAUUUCGAUCAGGAGAUUGUUCCGGUCAUGGUGCCGUCCAGAAAAGGCCCAGUGGAGGUGAAAGCAGAUGAGUUUCCUCGCCAUGGCAGCAACAUGGAAGCCAUGACUAAACUCAGGCCCUGCUUCCUAAAGGACGGCAGCGGCACCGUCACCCCCGGCAACGCAUCAGGUAUAAAUGAUGGAGUUGCAGCAACUGUUCUAAUGAGCCAAUCAGAAGCUCAGAAACGAGGCCUCAAGCCAAUGGCCAGAAUCACCUCCUGGGCUCAAGCCGGCCUCGACCCGGCAAUCAUGGGAACUGGGCCUAUCCCAGCCAUUAGGAAAGCGGUUGCGAAGGCCGGUUGGCAGCUGGAUCAAGUGGACCUGUUUGAGAUAAAUGAAGCGUUCGCUGCCCAGUCCAUCGCUGUAGUGAAAGAGCUUGGACUCAACCCAGAUAAGGUGAAUGUGAGUGGGGGUGCCAUCUCCCUGGGACACCCCAUAGGCAUGUCUGGCUGCCGGGUUCUGGUGACCCUACUGCACGCGCUCCAGAGGACUGGGGGUCAGAGGGGCGUGGCUUCUCUCUGCAUUGGAGGAGGGAUGGGCAUCGCCAUGUGUGUAGAAAGGGUGUGACUGAAUACAAGUACAGCGAUGCUGCAUUCAGGAUCACCUUAUUGGUCCUAAAGGGAACAUUUGGAAUGCUUUAUUACAACUUGUUUCAGCAGAGUAGUGUGAAUGGUGGUUGUAUUAGAUUGGUAAUUGAUUUCCCUGUCACUUCGCUGAAAAUUGUGAUUUGUGAAUGCAAUUAGGUGAGGAAAGCAUCAAAGGUCUAUUGUGCACCAUCCAAUACUGGUCCUUCAUUUUCCAUAGCAUAUGUAUUGGAAAAUACGGUUUUGAAGCAAAAGUCUUUCUGCCUGUGAACCUAGUAAAUGGGCAACAUAUCCUAGUCUUCUUUCCAUCAAAUAACUCAACUGCUAAACAAAGAUUUACAUGACUGGACUUGUUCACACGCAACCUAAUGAGAAUUCAGCCUUCCAACAUUCCCAUUUGUCCUGUUCUUUCUCUCACGGAAUGACAGCAAUGUACCUUAAUGCUCUAUGAACUGUAGAACGUGUGGUUUAAGACAGCAGCCUUCCUUAAAUAUACAAGUGCCCUGAGACAGUAAGCUUGCAGUACUUUAGUGUAUCCUGUUGUAGGUAUGAAUGUACUAUUUACCUGUCCACUUUCCAAUAUAGAAUAGAUGAACUGAACUUGUGCUUUUUCAAAAUGAUGUAGUUUGAUUUGCUAUGACAACUACAAAACAAACUUAUGACAAUACAGACCAGAAUAAUACAGAC